UAAUAAAAAGACAUAAAAAGACAGUAAAUAUUUAUUAAUUAGAUAAGAUAGUAAUAUUUAGUAUGCUGGAGGUAAACAUACGAGUACUUGCUGUGUUCCAAGAAACAUUAAGAUGGAAGAUCCUCAAAAAGAUCAGAAAAAAGAAGUAGAUAUUGAAACAACUAAACCAGAUCAAAAGUCUAAAGUGGAACUAGAUGAUAUACUGAUAAAAGAGAUUGGUCAGUUUGGGAAGUAUCAGUUGAAAAGUUUCCUAUUGGCUGUGUUAUUAGUGAUCUUUAUUUCGUUCAGUGCCGUGGAAUAUAUUUUUACAACUGCAAGAAUAAGUACUAGAUGUCUGAUUCCAGAGUGUGAAACUGAGCCAACGGAAUUUUCUCCGUACUGGCUACCAAAUGCAGUACCAUCAGGGUCUAGUUCAGGCUCUUUUGACAACUGCCAGCGUUUUGGCAAUACGUCAGCAGCCUUUACCGUAGCCAGCAGAUUAGUUGAAAGUAACACCUGCCCCAGUAAUCUUUUUGACCGCAAUGUGCAGCAACCAUGUGACAGUUAUGUGUAUCAAAACACACAUUCAGUCGUGUAUGAUUUUGACCUUGCCUGUGAUGAAUGGCGAAGAUCCUUGAUUGGUACAAUCCGAAUCUUUGGCACAUUGACUGCUCUGCCCAUCAUUGGCUUCAUAUCAGACCGUUGGGGGCGAAGGGUUGCUCUCACCAUCAGUGCCUUUAACACAGCUUGGAUUGGUGUCACGAGGUACUGGGCUGAUACUUACAUUGGAUUUAUGCUGUCAGAGUUCUUUGAAGCCACCUUUGGAUCUGGCGGGUUCUCUUGUGUUUAUAUUUUGAUGAUGGAGCUGGUUGGUCCAAAGUUUCGUGUAGCAGCUGGUGCGGCAUUGAAUACCUGCUUCGCAGUGGGUCAAGUAAUAACAGGUCUACUGGCCUGGGCCGUGCCAAAUUGGAGGAACCUCACCCUUGUAUUAUACAUCCCACAGUUCCUCACCAUCUUCUACUACUGGCUCAUCAGCGAGUCUGUACGCUGGUAUAUGAGCAAAGGGCGCUUCGAUGAGUCCGAAGCACUGCUUCGAAAGGUAGCUCAGGUCAACGGCAAAACAUUAUCUGAGAAGUCAUUAGAAGGUUUACGUCAUACAGCACAAGAGAAGUUGAGAAUCAGUGCUUUAGAGGCAGAAAAACGUGGUGGUGAACCAUGGCUUAUCAUGCAAGUCUUCCGACACAAACCAAUAUUGCUACGUUGCCUUAUUUCACCAAUUUGGUGGAUCACAACCACAUUCAUAUACUAUGGUCUUUCGCUGAAUGCCGUGAACAUGUCUGGCAAUAGAUACUUGAACUAUGUUGCUGUAGCGGCAGUUGAGAUUCCUGGCUUUUGGAUCUCAUAUUUUCUGUUGGAUAGGAUUGGAAGAAAACCGGUAUUGACGGGGUCAUUUUGGCUGUGUGCUGCUUGUCAGACUGCUUACAUUUUUAUUCCUACGGAUUUGUACGCAGUAUCACUGACCGUGUACCUAAUUGCGAAAUGUUCUAUAGCUAUGGUGGCAACGGCAGUGUAUGUAUAUACAGCAGAAUUAUAUCCUACGAAACACCGACACAGCUUGUUCGCUUAUUCUUCCAUGAUGGGAAGGAUUGGUUCCAUGGUUGCACCGCUAACACCCGCAUUCGGAUCAGAAUGGUUCGAAGAACUGCCGUUCGUGCUAUUUGCAUCCUUUGCUUUGGUGUCUGGAAUCCUGAUCUUCUUCACACCAGAGACUCUUGGUUAUACACUACCCGAUACCUUCGAGCAAGCUGACCAACUCGGAAACAAAAAUAAAUCUACGAAUUGAUAGACUGCACAUUGUGAAAAUCUCGUCUUAAUAUUGUUAGAUAGUAGUGCCUACAAAAUUAAUAGAAUAUAUAGGGGGUAGGGUUAUAACCAUUAACCCUGUUAUGUGUAUUAUAUAAAUCUGUAAGUCUUUCGAUUAAAUCCCUUAUAAUUAUUUUUUAAAGUUACACCUACUUACCAGUUUCUACCAGAAUUUUAAUUUCUACUUCUGCAAACUGGAAAUUCAGUUAUUGCUUAACAUUAUGAAAUAAAAUAGGUAAUACACAUGUAAUCUUAUUGGGUUUUCUGAGGAAAUUAUACAUAUUUAUUGAUAUAAAGAUACCGGCAACUUUUUAAAGAUUUAAUAUGCGAUUACUUUAUCACUAUUUAUGACACAUUGUUAAGAUUAUCGUGAAAGCAUCACAAUGACUAUUGAUUUUUCGUUUAGUACGCAGUUGAAACUGGUUAAAAUAGAUAUAUUAUAAUUCAUAGGUUAAUACAGGUUAAUACUAGUUUUUUGCGAGCUAUUUUAGUCAAAAAAACUUUGAGACUUCUCUAGGCACAAAUAAAAUCCUAUUUCUUGCCCAUAGCAUAACUAAAAAGGUAGCGUUCAGUGGAUGCAUGCGGGCUGCCCAAGACCAGGAUGGUUGGUAGCUCAUCGAGGGAUAUCUCCUUUCAGGAGUGGACGGCAAUUGUCUGAUAUGAUGAAGUGUUAUGAGUAAAGGGCUGGAUUUAGAUAAAGUCCUUGUAUUAUUUACCGAUUGAUAUACAUGUGUAACACUAUAAGUUAACAUAUUCAAGUAAUCCGCUAGCUGCACACUGGUGCCUAACGAACCUUGCCUACAGCUAAAUUGAUUGACUAACCUUGUGUUG